AUGGGACCCACCAUGCCCCCCAGUAAGAAGGCUCAGAGCCCCAGCAGUGGAGCCAGCGCGUCAGAGGGGAGAAGCCCGCCGUAUCGAGGCCAGGGCGAGGCCACGGAGGCAGAUGCGGGCGACCUCUCUCUCUCCCUGUCUGCGUCCUUCUCCAAAGCGGACGACGAGGAGCUGACCAGUCUGUCCUGGCUCCACGAGAGCACGGACCUCCUCAACAGCUUCAGUCACUCGGGCUUGCGCAGCGUGUCGCCUUUACAGGAGGCGGGACACGGCCAGCGCUCGCCAUCCUCGUCCCCCUCUCCGGACGACGCGCUGCUGGGGGAUGCGCACUCCUUCGAUUUGGGCACGGGCGCCAACAGGAAGCCGCCUUACUCCUUCAGCUGCCUCAUCUUCAUGGCCAUCGAGGACGCGCCCAACAAGCGGCUGCCCGUCAAGGACAUCUACGGCUGGAUCCUGGAGCACUUCCCGUACUUCGCCAGCGCGCCCACGGGCUGGAAGAACUCUGUGCGUCACAAUCUGUCGCUCAACAAGUGCUUCAAGAAGGUGGACAAGGACCGCAGCCAGAGCAUCGGCAAAGGCUCGCUGUGGUCCAUAGACCCGGAAUACAGACACAACCUGAUCCAGGCCCUGAAGAAGACCCCCUAUCACCCAUACCCCCCCAGCCUGGCCACGCCCUCCACGUCACCACCCACACUGCCCCCACAGACAUUUCACAGCAGUCCUCCUCUGUGGUCGGGGAAUCCUCUCUUCAGGAAGAACGGUGGAAUGCUCUUACAAGGCACCGACAUUUUUCCUCGAGGUGUGAUCCAAAAUGGAGCCCGAGUAAGAAGCCAGGCACUGUUCCCUGUGAUCAGACCUCUGCCCAUCAGCCCAGUGGGCAGCAGGACCUCUGCCAUCAGAUCAUCCCUGGGAGAAUACCUGAGCCGAGGCCAGGACAGCCCGCUGAGAUACUCCCCUCCCCCCUGCGCCGAGGACCUCCAGGAAGACCACACCUACAGCACAGCCCCCGCCGAGCCCGAAGCUACUUCCUCCCCGCUAUCCGACGACAUCAUCGCCGUAGAGAUCCAAGAGGACAUAAAACAGGAGCCCCGCGAGGUUCCCCUGGAUUCACACAUCACGAGCACGGCCCACAUGGCCCAGAAUGCAUUGCGCGGACAGAGACGCCACAGUAGCACAGGCCCCUUAGCGAUAGCAGCAGCGGGAGCCGGGACGCUAGCUGGGAGCAGUUUAACCUGGACCAAAAACAGAGCGCGGGGCAUUAGCGACACGUUGCCCCUGAAGAAGAGACGCGCAGCCGCUGCUCUGGAGAAACCGGAGAGCGACGACGAGGAGAUGAAGGAGGCGGCCGGCUCUCUGCUGCAUCUGGCCGGAGUCCGUGCGUGCCUCAACAACAUCACAAACCGAGCGGCGAAAGGCCAGAAGGAGCAGAAAGAGCAGAAAGAGACUCUUAGAAACUAA